AUGCUUCCGACCCUCUCAAAACUUUGGCAUCAUAAGUUUGUUCAGUUUGCUGUAUCGCAAUGGUUUUUCAUUGUUUUGGCCAUAUUCAUUAUCUUGGCUCGCUUUGUUCCAAAUUUUGCACGCCAUGGAGGGCUGAUUAGAGCAGAGUACACUAUAGGGUAUGGUGCAGUGGCCAUAAUCUUCCUGCAAGGUGGUUUGAGUAUGUCAACUAAAAAACUGUGUGUCAACCUUUCUAAUUGGCGGGCGCAUUUGGUAGUACUGGUGCUCAGCUUUCUGGUAACCAGCUCCAUCAUCUUUGGGUUUUGUUCUGCUAUUCGUGGGUCGAACGACUCAAAAAUCGACGAGUGGCUGUUGGUAGGUAUGAUCCUGACUGCAGCGAGUCCCACUACCGUCGCGUCUAAUGUAGUUAUGACUAAGGCUGCCAAGGGCAAUGACAUUUUGUGCCUCUGUGAGGUAUUUAUCGGCAACGUCCUGGGCGGAUUCGUCACUCCAGCAAUAGCACAAAUGUACCUCAGUACAUCGCUCUUUUCAUUUGGAAACCCCACUAACGGUUCCAGCAUACGUGCAGUGUAUGCCGACGUGAUGAAGCAAAUUGGUCUCUCUGUAUUUGUGCCAUUAUUUGUUGGCCAGGUGCUUCAAAACGUGUUUCCAAAGCAGGUAACUUGGACUUUACAGACUUUUCGCUUAAACAAAGUUGGGAGCUUGUGUCUACUAUUGGUGAUAUUCAGCUCCUUUUCAACCGCAUUUUACCAGCAUGCCUUCACCAGUGUCUCAGGCGUUUCGAUUGUAUUUAUUGUGCUUUUCAACAUUGGCAUUUACUUGUUUUUCAGCGUUUUGUGCUUUGCUUGUGCCAGACCUUGGUUCAUACCAAAACUUUUUCCAGAAGAACCCAGUGCAGACUCUUCGAAGGUCUACGCUAUCAGCUACCGCUUUUUCAAACCUUUUUAUUACAAUAGACAAGAUACUGUGACAAUACUAUUCUGCGGACCUGCUAAGACUGCUGCACUUGGUGUUUCCUUGAUAUCCUCACAAUACGGAAAUAAUUUUCCACAGUUGGGUAAGCUUCUAGUCCCACUGGUACUGUAUCAAAGUGAGCAGGUUGUUACGGCAAAACUGUUGGUGCCUUUCAUAAGACGUUGGGCAGAGAAUGAGAACCCCGCUCAAACCUCAGAUAACUCGGAUAUUGAAAAAGGCUUUUCAGAUUCCUCUGACAAUAACACGCAAGAAUUGACUACUGCUCAAGAAAAAGGUGAUAGUGAUCUGCGAUCUGAAUCUGCUGCUGAAUUAUCUACCAGAAGCUAG